CCUCCCAGCACAUCCCCCACACACAACUGCCUCGCCUGCAGCAAGUGCGCAACUGUAGUGUAACUCCGACACGAUGAAGGCGCCCGUAGCGCUGUUGGGCACAUUCACGGUGUUAUCAACCGCUCAUGGCUUCAUUGUGCGCCCCAAGAUCGUCCACAGCAGAAGAAGCGGCGGCGCCGAAAGGACGUGUCGCGUAUGUUCCCGCAGGCAGGCUAAGGGUCAACCCGCGAUUGAACGAGAGCGGCUUGUCGAGAGACAGUUCAUCUCCAUCUUGUCGGACGAUGGGACCGAGCAAAGGCUGCCGGUGGCGUCGGCCUCGAGCUUCCCUCUGUGGUUCAUUGACGGCGAUGAGCAGGCUGACGACGCCGGAAGAAAGCACGUUACCCAAGUUCCGGGACCAAACGCAGAGCUUGGCUGGGUUAAUCCACGAAGCUACGGUGAGCUGUGGGUUCCCGAGGGUAGCCCGGCGCCCGCCAUGAAGCUGUGCCUGGGCAUGCUGAUGAAGGACGGUGUUCCCAGGUACGUGAUGCCAAUGGUGGAUCUAGUCGUGUCUAAGGGAGGCCAGAAGUGGCGAAAUCGGGGCUUGAACAGCGUCCCCGUCGCGCACACGUGGGAGCCGGUCGAGCGCGCGGCGGCGGGCAGCAUGUUCCUCUCGGCAUACGCCGAGGAGAAGGUGGAAGGAAGCGAGACGGACAGCAUGUGGGGGGCUAUCGCCGAGAAGCUGCCUGUCACGGACGCGUUUACCGACAUCGUGAGCGUUCUGGCGGACCCACCAGAGGAGCUGGACAUCGGAAGCGGCUUCCACUUUCUGGUCGCCGUCCCCGGUAUUGGUCCCGGGGGAUCGUCGACGGUUGCAGCAGCCCGCGACGGGGGGCGGGUGCGCGUGUUUCUAAGCGAUGCGUCCGAGCCGGCAGAUCUGUUGGACCUAGAGGAGUUGGGGAAAGGAGGCCUCCGGGGGGUGGCGGCGCUGGGCUUCGACGUUGUGUCCGUCGCAAACGGCGGGGAAAGCGAGUUUUUGCCCGAGGUUUACAGGCCAUUUUUCAAGCCGGGGGAGUAGGCGGGCACGCUGGUGCUGUCUCGCACGCAGACAGAUAGACAUGGCUUUGACCAAGACCCUGAGAAUCCUGCGAGUGCAGCGAGAGAUCCGAGUGCUGUUGUUAAAGGCAGGCCCUAACUUUGCCUCGCGAGAAAACCUGCUUUUUCGAGCUACUUCGCUUGUCGGCGGACGAUCCCAUCCGUCGAUGGGAAAGGACGAAGGAUCAGUUGUAUCUUGAUGUUGGGGUGUGCGUCUGACGCACGCGGUGUUUUUUUGUGAAGCUAAAUAAAUCGUGAUGGUACGUACCGUAGAGGGGAGAGAGAAGUCGGGCACUUGGCCGGGAGGUGUCGGGUUGCUGAUUUUUUAUUGCUGUAAACUGUUGGCGUUUUGAAGUUCUCCACAACCAAAAUGCUAUGAAUCAGGUGAAAGGCUAACAAGAAAUCGGGCACAUCAUCCACGUU